CGUUUAUCCGACGAGCGCGCCAAUCCCGAUCCGGUGGACCUGAUCCAAAAAUGGCAAACUCAACCGUCACCUGUCAACCACUCUGAUUCUGUACGCAUUAGUACACUACACUACACACACGACAAUAUGGCCUCGUACGUCGCAAGUGAGGCGCUCGCCCAGCAGCAAUCUACCGAUACUGCAAAGGUUCCCCAGGGCCGCUGGGCGGAUAAGUACCGCGGGGCCACCGUCGAAGACUUGGACCCUCCGCCAGCCCUCUCCGUCUCCCCUAAGGACUCUAUUUCCUCCGCUCUCCUCGCUGCCUACGAACGCGACUACACCCACCUUACCGUCAUCUCCUCGACACGCUCUCUCAUCGGAUACCUCAGCAUCCCGCACCUCAAGAAACUACUGCAAGAUGGCGCAGUGAAGGAAUCAGAGAUAGUCUCAUCGGCUAUGCAACGAUUCAACCGCAAGCGGGGAAUAUAUCGGGUCAUCACUAUGGAGACGCCAUUGGAGGAAUUGGAAGAGUUCUUUGAGAGUGAGAUUGGGGGGAAUGGAGAAAAGCGGGAGAAGCAGGGCUUUGCGGUUGUUACCGAUGGUACUAGGAAGUUUGUGUUGGGCGUGGCGACAAAGGCAGACUUGGAGGAGUUUGUUAAGAGGAGGCCUACAUAAUUGGGUUUACACUGCUAUGGUUAUGGUAAUUCAUUGUAAAUAUGAGACUGAAUUCAACACACUAGUCAAGCAAGAAUACCCAUAACGCCGUUGCCGUUGUCAUCACAAAGCCAUACUGAUACAUGCCAGCACUUUACUGGGCUUUCUUUUCCUUUUCCGCAGCUCUUUCGCCUUGGUCCUCCUGCCAUGCCACGAAGAUAUAAGCGAACAGGACAACAUUCGCAGUCACAGCUGCUGUAACACCGGCCCAUGUUGAGUUUCCUGUCCAAGCAUUAGCAGAGCCAUAGUAGAGAUGAUUCUUGUGAGCUUACCGCUGAAAAUGGAGUUCACGGUCAAGAAGU